UGUAAAAUGGAGUGACGGUGUAAACAUUAUCGAACUGUGGAUAAUUGGGUCUAACGUUGAUCUGACGUUUCGUCCUAUAGUAAUUCAUUCAGUCUCGGUAUGGCUGAAAAGAAGAAACGCGAUUCUCUUCAUUACUUUAUGAGUUACGAUGAUCUGAGCGGCAGCAGUGAUAGCAGCAGCAGCAGUGAUUCAGAAGAGGAAGGCCAAGCUUCAUCCAAGAAGAAAGGAGAGCCUAGCUCAAAUGCCUCUGAACAGAGUAAAGAAGCUGCAUCUCAACAAGCGACCAAAAGAGCUGCAAGUGGAUGUCCUCUACCUAAACCCGAUGAACUCUUUAAAUCUGUUUCCAAACCAUCGUUCUUAUAUAACCCACUGAAUAAACACAUCGACUGGGAAAGUCGUACUGUGAAAGCUCCCGAGGAGCCAGCGAAGGAAUUCAAAGUUUGGAAGACCAAUGCCGUGCCACCACCACAGACGUAUGCUGUGGAAAAGAAGACUGCUCCCCCAGGAAUGGACAUGGCCAUAAAAUGGUCCAACAUCUAUGAGGACAAUGGAGAUGAUGCACCACAGCCUGUUGGGGGAAGUGCACACUUCCUCCCAGAUGAGGAGAAGCCCUCUGAUUCAGACGAGGAGAAAGAGCCUACUUUGUCUGCAAAGAAAAGGAAAGUGGAAAGCUUUCAACAGAAGGAAAAGAGAAAGAGGGAUCUGGGGCAGGCCACGUCAGACAAGAAUUUUGUGGAGGAGGAAAAGAGGAUCCUGCGACAGAGCCUAGAGUGAGGCCAGCGCAGGAUCGGUGACUGUCAGCCUGACUGUCGGCGACUGCCCCUGCUCGCUCGGUGUGUCUGCGCACUCCCCUUGUGAAUGCACCUCUUCUUGUUCUGGACUCGUUUGAUAGAUGUUUGAAGAAAAGGAAAACAAGUGUUUUUUUGUUUGUUUUAAUAAAAAUAUGAUAUAUUGUGUGUGUCAGAUAUAUCUCCCUGGCAAGAGUGAUUUUCAAAGCCACAUUUUUCUUAAUCUGACCAAUUUCAUGGAAUAUGCAUUUAACAUUAUGUAAUUCAGCAAGAUUCCACUCAGAGGAGGGGGUGCUCCUAAAAAUAAUUCAUCAUAAUUUGUAAAGUUAUAGGAUCAAAAUGAGGAAUUCUGCCUUGGCUUUGAUCAGUUUUGCAUUUAUUUUAAAGCACCAUGUUGAAUAUAUUUUGAACAAAAAUGUGCUUUAAUUUGUAUUUUUUUAAGACAUUUUGAAGGUGCAUAUUAAGUGCAGCACACAAUUGGAAACUGACAACCACUAGGGGGUGCCAUUGAUCUUUUAUGUUGCACAACUGUUUCCAUGACCAUGAGAAUGGGGCUUAAAGCAAGGUUUUAGGGAGAUCUUAGGGAGAACCAAGCCAGCUUUGUAUAUUCUCAGGAGAGUAAAUGAGUGCCCAUGUUACAUGAACGUAUCACAGUACAUUGUACCAGAGAGGCAUUUAAAUGUGGAAAGAUGUAACGUACUGCAUGUUGUGCAAAUAUCCUUUUCCUUAAUUUCCAAAAAAGUUUCCAAUAGAAUAUCAAUUUUUCCUUUUUUCCCUAAUUUAAGUAUAAGCUUAUACUGUACACACACAUCACACAUCAUAGGUCUUUGUGUGUUAUGAAGUUAUGAAAAAAUGUCUUGGGUAAAGACUUUAUAUGUGUGCUGUAUAACUACUUAGCCUAAUUAUUGUGACACUUUAUUUUACAGUCAUGCUCAAUAGAAACUUGUGUUUUAUGUUGUUGCGAUGCUUAUUGGCUAUUGUUUUCCCCUUAUUAAGAUGUGCAAGUCUUCUUCUUACCACCUGAAAACUUGUGAUUGAUAGCAUCAGGUUUCCUCAAGUUUUUAUAUAAUUAAACUGCUAGAAUAAACAAGUCUAACAAAAACAGUUCAACUCCUGUAUUCAGAGAAAAGCAAAUCUUUUAAUCAAUAAAAACACAGACUGGUGUAUAAGAAAUAUGCCUCAACAAACCUGACGGGCAUAACAACACUGUGCAGUAAAUGGAGCCGAUAUGAUGGUAUUUUGCAAAAAGUGUGCCUGUAACGGUUUCACGAUCAGAGGAAUUCCUGUACUAUCUGUCAUCGUCCCACUACAUGAAAUAGGUAAAUAUGUGUUUGAUAACAUUCCAGCCUACGGUAUGUGUCUGGCCAUGUCUGAAAUGCUUAUGUGGUCCAGCACAAAAGUCAGGAUGAUGUUAUCGUAGAUUUUCAUACACAAAUAAAUGUUAUUUCCUGGUUAAAUGUCCUGGAUAUUGCCAGCAUGUGCAUUUGGUUAUAUAGAUAGUGAGGUUAGGAUUGGGAUUCAUUUCAGUGCUGUUAAAUCUUAACAGAAAUGUAAGGCCCAGAUUUCAAUCCAACAACAAUGCAUUUUGUUUUAUUUAAGUACCAAAAAGGCAAGUCUUGCUGUUAUUUCAGGACAUUACAGCUUUUCAGACACUUAAUUUCCAUGCAUUAUUGAACUGUACAGCUGCAGUUUGUAAAAACAAAUGUGUUACAAUGGAAAAGUUAGUUUGUUCAAUGAAUUUGAUGAUCAUAUUUGGUCUUGAAAUCUUCCCUAUUUUGCUAUUGCAUUAAUGUGGUGAAUUGUAUGUGUAAAGUACAAUGCAUAGAAAAUGAGGACAUUAAAGAGCACAUUGAAAAUCUCAAGCCAUAGUACUUUCCUUUAGUAUGGUAAGGCCAUAAA